AUGAAGGUCUUUUUAUUAGUGACAUGCUUUAUGUUGUCGUUGAUAGUAGACAUUUCAGACAGUCGUCCAGAAUCAUUUCCAUUCCAUAAAUCAGAAUGUUCAUCUGGUGUUGGGGUGACGAUGACGGUCGUGGUGAUGACCGAGGUGGUGAUGGUGGCGAUGAUAAAAGAGGAGACGAUAGAGACGAUAAGAGGCGGUCGUAAUGUGAGUCGUAGAGGCCGAGAUAAUGAUGGUAAUGAUGAUCGUAGAGACGGCAAUGAUGAUCGUAGAGAUGGUAAUGAUAAUAAUGGUGGAGUCAGAGGCAACAUUUACUUUUCUCAAAAAGUGGAUAGGGAUUGCACGCCAACUAGUGAAUUAAAAGUCCGUGUACGACUUAAGGGUGUGAAUGGUGAUGGUGAUAAUAAUCGGGAUGGUCGUGAUCGUGGUGAUAAUGGUGGUAAAGAUGAUAAUGACGGCAGACGAAGGCGAUUUCAUGGUCUUCAUGUUCAUCAAUUUGGUGACUUAAGAAAACAAUGUCUCGCAGCUGGUCCUCACUAUAACCCACUUGGAAAAGACCAUGGCGAUAGGCGUGGUAAUCCAAGACAUCUUGGUGAUUUGGGAAAUGUUCGGACAGACCGCAGGGGUAAUAUUAAGGAAAAUUUCCGUGUGGAACAAACAUCAUUAGUAGAAAUAGUUGGAAGAGCUGUGGUUUUGCAUUCAGGACGGGAUGACUUAGGUCGUGGCGGUAACGCAGAAAGCCGACUGAAUGGUAACUCUGGAAGAAGACUAGCUUGUUGUGUUAUUGGUUACGCCGAAUCCCGCAAGAGAUAUUAA